AUGGAUGUUGCUUAUUCAAAUAUUAAUGGGAAAAUCUGGCUAUUCUUUGAUAGUGUUGUGGAGUGGGAAUUAUUGAUUGAUGUUGAGCAGCAGGUGACUAUCAAGGUCUAUCAUCAAGUUAUUGGUAAGUAUAUUAUGAUGACUUUUGUUUAUUCUAAAUGCUCAUCACUUGAGAGGUUGGAAUUAUGGGACAGCUUGUACUAUCUUGCUAGUGACAUGGAGUUACCUUGGUUGGUUAGGGGAGACUUCAAUGUGGUGUUAAGUGAAGAAGAAAAGUUAGGUGGCCUUCCAAUGUAUCCUCCAGAAUAUGAGAACUUUGCAUUUUGUGUGAACUCAUGUGGUUUGUUUGAUCUUGGUUAUAAAGGAAGUCCUUUUACAUGGUGGAAUAGGAGACCUAAUGCACAGUGUAUUUUUAAGAGGUUGGACAUGAUCUUUGUCAAUCUACCUUUCCAAAAUCUUUUUUCUGAUAUUGAUGUAGAACACCUUAUAAGAACAGGCUCAGAUCAUGCACAUCUGUUGAUGAGUUGUGGAGAUAAUGCAAGGCAGUUUAUGAAGCCUUUCAAAUUUCUCAACUUUUGGUCAAAGCAUGACACUUUUAAGGAGGUGGCUAUUAGGGAAGAUGUAGUGAGAAUUAAGGAGAUGUUGUUUGAGGAAGAACCAACCAUAGAGAAUAGAAUUGUUCUUCAAAAGGCACAGGCAGAACUGAAGAAAUACUUGAGCAUUGAGGAACAAUACUGGAAGCAAAAAGCAGGCAUGACAUGGUUUGCAGAAAGUGAUAGAAAUACUAGAUUUUUCCACAACCAUCUCAAUGGCAAGAGGCAAAAACUACAAUUGAAAAGGAUCCAGGAUGGUGUUGGAGGAUGGAUUGAAUCACAGGAAUUAAUGGCCAAUGCAACAGUGGAAUUCUUUCAAAAUCAGUUCACUCGGGAGAAUGAUCUUAAUAGCUUUGAGUUGUUAUAUAAUGUUCCUUCAAUGGUGACAUUGGAGAAACAUUUGGAGCUAUGUAGGAUGCCAACUAUUGAAGAGGCUAAAGGGGAUGUCUUUGCUUUAAAUGGUGAUAGUGCAAGUGGACCUGAUGGUUUCACUGGGAUCUUCUACCAGGAGUGCUGGGAUAUCAUAGGAUAA